AUGCGAUUCUCACUUCCAACUUGCCUCCUAGGAGGUGCCGCACAACUAAUGUCGGUACAGGCUAACCCCGUGAACCAGCUCGUCGAAAGAGCAGCCAGCCCCGACAUCGUCACCGGCGUCAUGCAGGAUUCAUCAUCGGGCAGCCCAGCCGCCAUUGUGGUUCACGAUGUCAACGGCAAGCCCAGCUGGAAAUGGACCGCGGCAAACGCCAUUGCGCAAGGAGUCUCAAACCAGCUACAAAAGUGCUUAACUUGGGACGCAUACUGGAUGCCUGAAGUCAAAUGGGCAGCCAACGGCAGAAGCAUCCUCGCCAUCUACCACGGCGCCGUCGUCAUGAUCAAUCACCAUCCGGGGGAAUCCAGCGACGGCAAGAUUACGUUUGGAAAGUGCAUCUUGCCCAGCAUGAGGAACAGUCACACGGCAGAGCUGCUUCCAGGCCACAAGGUAGCUGUCGCCACCACCGACGACGCCAACUCGAAAGACAGCAUCCGGAUCUACGACCUGGCAGCAGGGCUUAAGGACGACAUCCAGCCCGUCCAAAUUCUCACAGGCACUGUCGCGGUCCACGGUCUCAUCUGGGAUCGCCAGGACAUCACUCUCUGGGCGGCUGGAAACGACGGAAACCCGGAACAUGCUGGCUCGAAACCGCAACUGAGUGCGUACAAAUGGGAUGACAAGAAGGGCCUGUUCGGUCAGACAUCACCUACAAUCUCGUACCACCUCAGUCCUGGCUACCAACUGACGACUGAAUGGGACGGCUCCAGCCAUCAGGAUUGGGCGGAAUGGUCAGAAGGUUCCCACGAUGUCACCGGCAUCCCUAACCAGCGCAAGCUUCUUGUGGCCACGGAUUUGGACCUAUACGUUUUCGACUUGGCAACACGUAAGAUUGAGCACGGUCAAGACGUCGUCAACAAGUACGUUCCAGGGUUCGCGCCUAUCGACAACCGCGUCGGCAAGAAUGGCCAUCGCAUUUCUCAGUCCGACAUCAAGAGCGUGAGCUUGGCAUCCAACGGCGACUUCAUCUACGUGCAGGCGCCGUGGCAGGGUCCGGCCCAGGGGUACCAGGUCAAUCGUGUCUCUGGUGGCAAGCUGCAGAGCCCUAUGAAGUUUUCUGGCCAGAUGUACAGGAGUCGUUGGUUCCAGGAUAUUCCUGGUUGGCCCAAGGCCAAGUACUGA